AGAGCAGAUAUACAGGACAGACUGAGUGUAAGCUGGUAAAAGUUAACGACAGAAAAAGACUGAGGACAGACAGAAAAAAGAGAUAGACAGACAAGCAGAGAGACAGACAGGUACCUUCGCAGCUACUGUAAAGAUUAGAGACAGACAGGCCCAGAGAUAGACAGAUACAGACAGACAGUGGACAGAUACUGUGGUUCACUUAAGGGUAUACUGUUAUUGGUUACAGCAGAGGAUGUUAACAAACAGACAGACAGACUGUGACAGAGAGACAUCAGGACAUAGGAUGUUGUCAAAAAAGGAGGAGAAGAGGUCAUUCAGCAAUGGGCCGCUUAGAGACCAAUGGGAGAAGAGAGCUCAGAGCAUGGCGGACCAGUGCAAACAGGAGGCUGAAUGGAAGGAGAAAAGUUCCCUCAAAAUAUCUUUCUCAAAGUGGAAUUAUCACUGGUCACUUGUUUCUAAAGGAGACUUCAGUAAGCUCACCAGCGGCACAGAUGAACCAGAAAAAAACAAGCCGAAAAUCAAAUUCAGAAUCAUCCCCCCUCCUCCCAAACCCAAACCUGAGCCUCCUCCUCCUCCUCCGCCUCCCAAGAAAACAGCUUCACCCAAACUUCGCAGACCAAAACGAAAAGUAGAGGUGGAUGUGUUUGGGCUUUGCUGGAGAGAUUCCUGGAUGAGCCUGAAGCCUCCAAAGUAUCUUUAUCUGAAGACAAAAGAGACGAAAAUAAAAAUCCCAGGAUUCACAACCAUAAAGCUAACCAACAACAGGAAGUACAACCCAAAGGAGUACGAAUCAGAGGCUAAAUGGGCAUCUCAUAUUGAUAAAUGGAGUCACUCUUGGAAACAGGUGAAGAGUCCUGCCCUGUUGGACUGCUCUAGGGAAAAACUAUUCACUUGGAAGAUUUUGUUUAAAAGAAAACUGGUUUGCAUAGCUGAGAUAGAAGUAUAUUCUCUUCCUGUCUGGGCCGGAACUUGGAAGAUCAUGAACUUUGCCUUCAGACAGCUGAAACAGAACUGGGACUGUAUCUGGCCUGAUUACCAACAAAACCUCAGCAACAAGUUUGACAAAGUACAACAACUAGAGGAGCAGGACGAGCCCUCAGGCUGGGAGGAUUCAUGGAAACUAUCCAGGGCAGAACUUGAACCAAAUGACACCACUGAUGACGAGACACUAAAUGCAAACUCCCUCAGUACUGAAACCACAGUAAUGAUGAGGAUAAACGAUGUGUUUCUGCCUGGGUGGCAUUACUCCUGGCUGCUCACUGCAGCUCCUGUGGAGGAAGAAGAAGAACAUCACAAGAAUUGGAGCUCAUGCUGGGGAUACAGGCAGCAGAUCAGGUGGUGCAUGCCUUCGCUGGAGUCCCAUCAUCGACACAGCGACAUGCUGACUAGGAGACGUAACACCACGCACUACCUCCUCACAUCAGUGUUGGACGAUGAGAUCAUAGAUAACACAGAGUGGAGGGAGGCCUGGAGGACUCCUAAAGGAUGGAUCAAACCAGAGGAGGAUGAACUGAAUGAGACACAGGAGGAGGAAGAAUUAGAGGAGAUGAUGGAUAAUACAGAACAGGAGGAAGAUGUUGACAGAAAUGAGAAGGACAAAAAAGCAGACAUAGAUGAGAGUGAUACACACAAGCAAAAGGAAGAUAGAAGACAGAAUGAAAUUAACAAGGAUGAGGAGGAUGAAAACAAUAAGGAGGAUGAGGGAGUAGAUGAGGAGGAGGAGGAGAAAGAAGAGGACAAAGAAGUGCACGAGGAGGAAGAGGACAUGGUAAGCAAGAAGGAUAGGCAGGAUAAAACACAUAAGGACAAAUAUGUGCAUAAGGGGGAGGACAGCAAGGAAGAAGACAAAGAGGAAGACAAAGAUGUACAAGAGGGCAAGGAGGAGGAAAAGGAAGAUGUAAACGACAAGCAAGAGCAAGAUGUAAAAGAGAUGGAUGAAGACAAUGACAUGCAUAAAGGGGAGGAUUUGAAAGUGGAGGAUGAGGAGGAAGAACAUAAGGUGGAGGAUGUGGAUGAAGAUGAGGAGGCAGAACAUGAAAAGAGAGAAAAAAACAUAAACCAAAAUUGUAAGGAGGAUGAAGAUGAAAAAGAGGUUAAAGAACCAGCUAAGGAGAAGAAAGAUGAAGAAAUAGACAAGGAGGAUGAGGAAGAAGAAGCAGAUGAGGAAGAGAGGGAGGAUGACACAAAAGCAGAAGAAAAAAAUCAGAUGAAUAAAGGAGAGAGACAAGAAGAGGAGGAGGACAAUAAAAAAGAUGAGAACCAGGACAAACAAGUGGAGCAGAAGAAAUACAAAGGUGUAUACAAGGAAAACGAGGACGAAGAAGUCGAGGAGGAGGAGACUAAAGUAAAGAAGGACAAAAAAUAUGUAGACAAGGAGGACAAGGACAAAGAGGCAGAAAAGGGGGAAGAGGAUGCAGAAGUAGACAAGAAGAACGAGGAGGAAGAGUCAGACAAAGAAUGGGAAGAGAAGGAAGAGGAGGACGAACAAGUAAAUGAGAAGGAAGUACAUGAAGAUAGUAUAGAUACGAGGCAGGGGGGUGAAGAGGUAGAAGAAGAGGUGAAGGAAAAAGAGGAUGAAGAGAAUGAAGCAGACAAAGACCAGGGGAAAGAAAUAGAAGAAGAGGAGGACAAUGAAGAAGUGGAUGAGGAGGAUGAUGACUACUUAAAUGAGGAGAACAAAAAAGAUGCUAGAGUAGAUAUGAAGGUCAAAACUGAGGCAGACAAUGACCAUGAGAAAGUAGGUGAGAAAGAGGAGGACAACAAAGUAGGAGAAAGGGAACCAAUCAAAUGCAAACCUAAUGUCCCACUUCAUCUGCCGAAGGAAAAAAAGGAUGAAGAGAAUGAAGCAGAUAAAGACCAGGGGAAAGAAGUAGACACUAAAGAAGAGGCAGACAAUGAAGAAGUGGAUGAGGAGGAUGAUUACUACUUAAAUGAAGAGGACAAAAAGGAUGAAGAUGACAAAAAAGUAGACAGGGAGGAGGAGGAGGAGGAGUUCCAUGAACUGAACACCUCAUUCUCCUCCUGGAAGCAGUCGUGGAUGGUUGCGGUAGCUCACAGAGGAGAUGAGGAUGAAGAGGAGGAGGAGGAGGAGGAGGAGGAAGAGUGGUGCACUUGGAAACAGUCAUGGAGGAUUUGUCGCUGGAAGAAGCUGGAUGAGGACACGGUAGUAUACUUCAAGCACUGGAGUCGGACAUACAUGGGACUGAUGCAUGAGCAACGCAAUAUGCCAAAGACUGAAUGGACCCUGAGUUGGAAGAUAACCAAGGCUGCGGCAAAGGAUAAUGUCUUUGUAGAAGCAAAAGAUGGCAUUGACUAG